AUGACUAGCACGGCGUCGAGCUCGACGUCGUGGAUGCCAGUACAGGGCAAGCAUAACGUACUUAUUGGCUCCUCCCUCAAGCGCGCCCUCAAGGCACGCAAGGGCGGCGUACCACCUCCCAAGAAUGGCAAGCUCCCGCACAAAGACUUUUACUCGUUUCGCUACAACUUCAAACCCGAGUCGGUCGACGCGACAAAGCCCGGUUCGAUCGAGGUGAAGAAAGGCCGCGAGGCCACGACUGUGUCUGUAGAGCGCGCGAGUACGCAGACCGGCGAGGGACACGUCUUCGUUGGCCAGGAGCACCCCGCACGCGAGUGGGACUGCGUGCUAAUUUACGACGAGGAUAUCAACGCGUUUACGUUGGAGAAACUGGACUCGUACGUCGCCCUCACGUACGACAGGAAGACAUUCCAUGCACCACGCCCUGCGGCCUCGCCGGCUUCACCUGCACCGUCCAUCGCCUCUGCGAGCACACCCAGCCACCAGCGGCCGCAAUCGCCAUUAUCCCGCGUCCCACGGUCAGAGUCUCAAGACGAUCUUCCCGGUGUGCGACGUAAUGCAAGAGGCGAGCCGAACGACCGUACCUUGCCUACCGCAUCUGCGAAGGCAAAGGGCAAGGGCCCGCCCUCGCGGCCGCCAACGACGACGGCCGCUCCGAGCAAUAAGGCUGCGUCAGUGCCAGAACGGAGACGGAUAACCCUAGCGGAGCGGAAGGCACUGGCAGUGGCAGUGCGUAAGGAGGAAGAAGAAGAGAGUAGUGGCGGCGAGGGUGGAUCGAAGCUAGCGCAGAAAACGGAGCCCAAGCAACGCGCAUCAGACGUGCAGACUAAAGCCCCGCCGCGAUCGCCCAGUCCUCUUGCGCUACCGGGAUCGGGGCCGGCACCCACCUUGCAGCCGCCCUUGGAGAAGCCUCGCUCAUCUCAAGCAUCAUCAGCCCCGUCAGGGGUUUACGCGCCCACAGCUAAAGCGAAGGUGACGGGUAUCGUGGGUGGUGCUUCCAAUAGCAGCAAACGGGCACUCCCAACUGACGUCGAGGAGGAGACGUUGGAGUGGGGCCGGCCCAGCCAGCCCGCGAAACGGCCGCGUGCAUCGCCGCCCCCCAUCAAGGGCAGUGGGAAGGAGACGAGCGUGCUCGAUCUCGCGCUGCCGUCGUCGUCGUCUCAGAUGCCCUCGCUGCCAAAGGAGCCAUCCGGACUUGCCUUCCCUAGCGCAACCUCAGUCGUUACCCUUCCCUCUGCGCCUGCAGCAGCAGCCGACUCGGACGAGGAGGACGAUUGGGUGCCGGUCACGGAACCGGCCGCGCCACCACCUGUCGCCGCGCCGAUGCCGGUGCGCCAGAUCGACAUGGAGGAGAUCAUUCCGGAGGCAGCAACGCCGGUGGAGUAUGCUGAUGCGGACGCGGACGAGAACGAAGACGAUAUGGAGGAGAUGGAGAUCGAUGUGAACGCGUUCCAGGCAGAGCUGGACAAGCAGCUCUAUACAGGUGCGUCCCAGUACGGCGAGGGCGAGGAUGAUGACCUCGAGGCGGUCAUCUCGCCUGAGACGGAGCGCCCGCCAGGGGGCGUCUUCGACGGCGCCACCGGCGCGGAUUGGGACGAUGACGAUGACGAUACUUCGAGCGAUGAAGACAGACUUCUAGUGGUGGCCUUUAUUGCACCCAUCACCGUUGUGGUGGACUCGACUGACCGCUCUGGGCAAGAUAUGCCGCCCCGAAAGCCUAUACCGAAGCCCAAGGGACAGGAGGGUAUGAAGAAGGCUAUGCAGCUGAAGCCCUGGAAGUUUGCGCAGCUGACCGGUCAUUUGCGGCAGCUUGCACGGGAAUACCUCGACGAAACAAAAAUAUGGAGCCAACAAUCCCAACAGGCGUUGCAGAUCGUGCACGACAAGGCGGUCGAAGACUAUCCAUUCUUUGGGCAGUACUACGAGGAUGCAUGGCCAAUUGAAAGGUAUCUCAGAAAACACCUUGGCUAUACAACCUGGGCGCACCGGCACUCUAAGAGGGCUCGAGGCCUAGCGCACCACGAGACACGUCGCGCGCAAGAUAAUGUAGCUGCCAUCCAGUAUGCGGAUAAAUCUCAACAGGCCGAAAUGUCUGGAAACGGCUCUCAAGAAUAUUCAGCGUCCAGCAGGAAGGUCGACCUCCCACUCAUUCUCAAUACACAGGACGGUCAACGGUCCGAAAUCGCUGCAGUGGACCCUUUCCAGGAGCGCAUUCGGUCCCACCAUGCCAGCCCCUUGCCUGCCAGUAUCGCAUCGAGCAAGACAAUGGCCUCCAGGACCUCGAGUCCAACGUCCACAGCGGUGCACGACAGCUUCGUUCUUUUCCUGCAUUCUUGCACGCCAAGCUUAGUGCCAUACACCACCGCCUUCGAGCAGCUCGCCGGCAUAACCACCGAGUGCGGCGUCCGCAUGCUUCUUUCGUGGUGCGAGCAGGACCUUGAUGCACUCCUUGAAUACGACAUGCAGCUCGAACGCGCAGCCUUACGGGACGUUCGUGCGGCGCUGACCAAUCUACGGGAGUAUGGCGACGGCGAAUUUUGA